AUGGCUAGGGUUACGGGUUUCCCUACACUAGCUUUGCAGCUAGGGCUAUUGGCUGCAAUCUCUAUUCCUUUCUUGCCGAGUUCCUUUGUGUUGGGGCUCUGGGAUCUCGGUGGUGAUCAAGACUUUACUAUCUUUGAGCAAUUUUUCUGCAUAGACGAGUUUGCUGCUAAGGAUGAUCUUUGA